CCAGUUGUUGCAGUACCUGUUUUUGUUUUUUUAACUUUUAUACUUCUUCUUAGAGAGAGAAACUACUUCUACUCUCAUCUCAACAACAACUAACUAGUGAGAGAAACUCUAACUAUGGGAUCUCAAUCUUUCUUUUGAUUUCAUUCCUCUUCUUCAAUCUUCAAUCUUCAGUUUUAUUUGCAGUUUUAAUCUGGUUUCUUUGAGUACUGCAUCGGCGCGAAGAGAAUUAGUUUGUUUGGGCUGAUUUGAAAAGACGUGAUGGGUUCGAGAUUCCCAUCUCAUCAGCUCAGCAACGGUCUGUAUGUAUCAGGCCGUCCUGAACAGCCGAAAGAAAAGGCUCCGACAAUGAGCUCGGUUGCGAUGCCUUAUACGGGCGGUGACAUCAAGAGGUCGGGAGAGUUAGGGAAAAUGUUUGACAUACCUAUGGAUGGCUCUAAAUCGAGAAAAUCUGGUCCGUUAAAUAAUGCACCUAUAAGGACUGGAUCGUUUGGAGGCUCUGUUUCGCAUUCCGGACCAAUUAUGCAGAACGCGGCUGCUCGUUCUGCUUAUGUCACGUCAGGGAAUCUAUCUGGUGCAGGCAUGUCUACUUCAGCCUCGAUGAAAAGGACGAACUCUGGUCCGUUGAAUAAACACGGUGAACCGGUUAAGAAGUCGUCUGGUCCUCAAUCAGGUGGCGGUACACGCCAAAACUCGGGUCCAAUACCUCCCGUUCUUCCAACAACCGGUCUGAUUACAUCUGGUCCGCUAAACUCAUCAGGGGCUCCGAGGAAGGUGUCUGGUCCAUUAGAGUCUUUAGGGUCGAUGAAAGCGCAUAGUGCCGCUGUAGUUCAUAAUCCAGCUGUUACUACUCUCAGUGUGGAUGAUGAGUAUUCCUUCAAAAAGAACUUCCCGAAGCCGAUAUUGUGGUCUGUGAUUCUGAUUUUUGUUAUGGGAUUCAUUGCCGGUGGAUUUAUUCUCGGAGCUGUCCACAACGCUAUAUUGCUUAUUGUUGUAGUAAUUCUUUUUGGCGCCGUUGCGGCAUUGUUCACUUGGAAUAGUUGUCGGGGAAGAAAAGCUAUUGUUGGUUUCAUUUCUCAAUAUCCAGAUGCAGAACUAAGAACUGCCAAGAAUGGACAAUUUGUGAAGGUUUCUGGGGUGGUUACUUGCGGGAAUGUUCCGUUAGAGUCGUCCUUUCAAAAAGUUCCAAGAUGUGUAUAUACAUCCACUAGCUUGUAUGAAUAUAGAGGAUGGGAUUCCAAAGCAGCUAACGCAAAACAUCGCCGUUUUACCUGGGGACUUCGUUCGACCGAGAGGCAUGUGGUGGAUUUUUACAUUUCUGAUUUCCAAUCCGGAUUGAGAGCGUUGGUUAAAACAGGCUUUGGCGCAAGGGUGACUCCUUAUGUUGACGAUUCCGUUGUAAUUGAUGUAAAUCCAGAGAAUAAAGACAUGUCCCCCGAUUUCCUUCGUUGGUUGGGGAAGAGAAACCUUUCAAGCGAUGAUCGUGUCAUGCAAUUAAAAGAAGGGUACAUAAAAGAAGGUAGCACGGUUAGCGUAAUGGGAGUUGUUCAUAGAAACGACAAUGUGCUAAUGAUUGUGCCUCCGCCCGAGCCUUUAACAACGGGGUGCCAAUGGGCGAAAUGUAUUUUUCCAGCUAGUCUCGAAGGAAUUGUUUUGAGAUGCGAAGAUACAUCGAAGAUUGAUGUGAUUCCGGUGUAGUUAUGUUUACUAUUGUUGAUGUUGUAUUGAUGGGGUGGUGGUUUGUGGUUUGUGUUUUGUGAAGCAUAUAUGUGUUAUUGAUCUUGCUUGCUACCAUGAAUUUCCUUUACUCCUCCUUAGUUUUGUUGUAUAGCUAAUGACAAUUCUUAUUCGUUUAUUUUUCUCUAAGAAUUUCAAACUUUUUGAAUGGAUAUUAUCAUGAUUUCUUAUAGUGACAAAGUAAUGUAUAUUCAUUUCAACUUGAUGUUUUGAUCUGUUAAUGGAAUAUAUUAUGCAUCAUCAUUAUGGUUCCCCCACUCACUCAACAUCAACUUAUAAAAGCAAAUAAGGUUCUUCCACAUUUUCCUACCCUAUUUUGCUACUACAAUAUUUCAAAUUAUCCUUUCUAACCUUAUUUGACUCCGCAAUAAAAAAAGUUGAUUUUGUUAAAUUGAUUCUACUUAAAUUUGAGUUAAACUUAAAGUAAUUUAAGUUUAGAUAUAUAUAAGUAAAAACUUUAUUGAACAAUAAAUUUUAAUUUUAAAUUAAUAUUUUGUUUCUAAAACUAAAAAUCAUAAUUUCAUAUUUUGAUAACAGGUCAGAAGAAUUGCCCCAAGCCAUUGUCUCUUCUUUGUAAGACGAAGGUUUGCAGCGUACGUUCUUAGGUCGGCUAUUGACAAGAGCAAGUGAAGAGUCUUGAUGAGACAUUCUCUAAUUAGUAGAGUUUUGUAGAGAGCUUCUGACGCAUAUUCCUACACUAGUCAGUAAGGAUAUCUCUUUUAUUUUAAGAUACUUGCAUACUUUGAACAAUUUGCGAGGAGAUCCCAAUAUUUGAUGGCGUUGUUUGAGCUUCCUAAUAUAUAAUGGAUCGUACGGUCCGCUGUGACCAAGACACAUAUAAAAAGGUCAUGCACUACUGUUUUUUCUUUUUUGCCAUUCCCAAAUUGUAGAAGCUGUUCCUAUUGUGUAACAUCAACCCCCUCCCCCUUACCUAUUGUGGAUCGAAUUGAAUUUUUUUUUAUCAAUUCUUUAAAAUCAAAACGUAUUACAAAUAAAUUUAUCCAUAGAUAAGAUAAAUUUUACGUGAUUCAAACUACAUUGCAAAUACCCGUAACCUUAACAUAAAUUUUUUUGUAAAACUACACGUGUAAGAUAAAACAAAUAAGAUUCCAACUCUUGAAUUAGGUACCACUAUAAAUUUGAUUUUUUCAAUGAUAGUGUAUUUAUUUUUUCUCCCUUUAGCUUUUCUUUUUAUAAAGCUAGUCCCAUGAUUCUGUUUUAGGCAUUAAAAUGAAGUGUAAGGUUCUACUACAUACAUGUGCAUUCCUUCAACUAUUAAAAAAUGAGUGUUCCAAGAUGAUUCACAUAUCGGUGCAGCAUAUAUAAUAUUAAUUAAUCAAUGUAGAUAAACUUUAGAGUAGAGAAAUGGAGAAGUGAAACGUGUAGAGUAUGAGUAAGCAAUACAAAAAGGCCACGUGUCAUGUGUGUGUGAUGCAAUUCUCUAGCAUCAUACCCUACUUAACAACAAUCGUAGUGACAAUAAUGUUAUACUCUACAUGGAUAAAAAUCGUGAUGCAAGUGUUUUUGUUUUGGUGUUGUUGGUGUUAGGAUUCUUCACCUUCUCUAUAGCUAAUGCUAAUACCAAUAGAGUUUCUUAUGAUGAGGAAGAUGAGAGCAAGAAAUCAAGUUUUUGGGUAUGGGAGAAAUUUAGAAGGGCCUAUUCUAUGUAUUCAUCAAUUUUCCCUACAAGUGUUGGACAGUAUUGGCAUAUGGUUAAGGCUAUUUUCAAUCACACUUAUGCUUAUUUCUUUCCUCCAAAUAUAGAUUUCAGAAAAGGAGGGGAGGUUCAAGUAGUAAAAGAUGAGAAUGGAGUGAAAGAAGCUUUUUCAAAAAGCAUAGGAACAAGCAAAGCAACACUGGAGGAUGUUGCAAAAUCAGCUGCAGAGAAGGUCAAAAGGAGUUUGUCUCAUGAUAGGAAAGAGAAGAAAGAGCUCUGAAGAACUAAGAAGUAGUAUUUGUUUAAUGUUUUAUGUGUAUGAAAAAGUUAAUAAUACAAAAAAAAUGAAGUGGGUUAUGUUGUGUAAAGCUUCAUAUCAUAAACUAGAAUCAUUCAUAAACUUGAUUGAUCAAUGAGGUGUGUGCACAUGAAUUGCACUUUUAGAUGACAAGCUUAAAUUCAUGUCAUUUUUUUCUCUCUA